UUUAGCUUUCUUCAACAGAAUGGCUAGUCUAGUAUGGCUUGCUAGCUUUCUCCUUUUGUUUCACUCUCAUUUUCAAGCUUCAGUUUCCUUUUCUUUGAAUUCCAACUCUUCAGCAAUGUUGUGCCAACGAGACCAGAGUCUUGCCUUGCUCCAAUUGAAGGAAACCUUUUCCAUCUCUCGUUAUUAUCCCAAGCCUUAUCUCAAGACAAAGUAUUGGAAAGAGGGCACUGAUUGCUGUUGGUGGGAUGGGAUUACAUGUGAUAUGGAAACGGGUAAUGUAAUUGGCCUUCACCUUUCUAAUAGCUUCUUGUAUGGUCCUAUCUAUUCUAACAAUCCUCUUUUCUCUCUUAGCCAUCUCCGAAAACUCGACUUGUCUUUUAAUGAUUUCAACCACUCUCGAAUUGUUCCUCAGUUUGGCCAGUUUUCCAAGUUAACACAUCUUAAUCUAAGCUAUUCUCGUUUUGUGGGUCAAAUUCCUUCAGAAAUUACUUACCUGUCAGGUUUGCUAUCUCUUGAUCUUUCUUCGAAUGAUGGUUUGAUAUCAGAAACCACUAUUUUUACCAAGCUUGUUCAAAACCUAACCCAAUUACGGGAAUUGGACUUGAGUGAUGUAAACAUGUCUGUGGUUGCUCCUAGUUCCUUGAUGAAUUUGUCUUCUUCUUUGACAUCUCUCAAACUUUACUCGUGUGAAAUGCAAGGAAAAAUCCCCGAUAUCAGUCGUCUAUCUAAAUUGGUUUCACUUGGUCUUUCUUGGAAUUAUUUGACAAUAGAACCAAUGGUUUUUGACAAGCUUGAUAGAAAUCUAACCAAGAUAAGAGACUUAGCCUUCGGAGAUGUAAACAUGUCCAUGGUUGAACCUAGUUCUUUGAUCAAUAUCUCUUCUUAUUUAUCAUCGCUUGAACUUCGAUAUUGUGAAUUGAAAGGGAAAUUUCCAGACAACAUAAUUCAACGAUCAAACCUCCAACUGCUUGAUUUAUUGGGUAAUGAAGAUCUCAACGGUUCCUUACCUCGGCAUAACUGGAAUAAUUCUCUCAGGUCUUUGUCUCUUUCUUUGACACAAAUUACAAUAUAUUUGGACCAUGAUUUUAUCAGUAAUUUGAAGUCUUUAGAAACUUUGAAGCUCAGCAGCUGCAAUUUUAGAGUUUCAAAUUUGAAAUUAUUGGGUAAGUUGACUCGACUUAUUAGGUUGGAUAUUUCUUCCAAUAAUUUCAGUUUUCAAAUUCCAUCUUCACUUGAAAGUCUUAUGCGACUCUCUUAUUUAGACCUUUCCUAUAACAAUUUAAGUGGUCAAAUUCCAUCUUCACUUGGAAGUCUUAAGCGGCUCUCUUGGUUAGACCUUUCCAAUAACAAUUUCAGUGGUGAGAUUCCCUCCUCUUUUAAAAACCUUAAACAACUUCAGAUUUUGCAGCUCCAAAACAACUUAUUAAAUGCAACAAUACCACCCUCUGUGUUUACCCUGCCUCAAUUGCAGUCUUUAAUCCUCAACAAUAACCAACUUACCGGUCAUUUAGGUCCAUUCCAAGACAAUUCACUGAGCUAUAUUGAUUUGAGCAAUAACAAGUUGUACGGCUUCAUUCCAAGCUCAAUUUUCAAACUUGCGGACUUAACUGUUCUCAUUCUUUCAUCUAAUAAAUUGGUAGGAGAAGUUUCUUCAGCAGUUUGCAACCUAAACUCUCUCCAAAUUCUUGACUUGUCAAACAACAGUUUGAACGGCUUCAUCCCACAAUGUUUGGGAAAUUUCAGCAAUGAUCUCUCGGUGCUGCAUUUGGGCAUGAACAAUUUCCAAGGAACCAUCCCUGAGACGUUUUCAGCAAGAGGCAGCUUGAGAUAUUUGAACUUCAAUGGCAAUCAAUUGCAAAGGAGAAUCCCUCUGUCCAUUUCCAAUUGUAGAAAUUUGGAGAUUUUAGAUCUUGGAAACAAUAAUAUAGAUGACUCAUUCCCCCAUUUCUUGGAAACUCUUCCGGAGCUGCAAAUUCUAAUUCUGAAAUCCAAUAAACUCCAUGGAUUUGUGAAAGGGUCCUCUACCAAUUAUUCCUUCUCAAAGCUGCGAAUGUUUGACCUCUCCGAUAACAUGUUGAGCGGGCCAUUACCUUCUGGGUAUUUCAAUAAUUUCAAAGCAAUGAUGAACUUUGAUGUGAAGAUGGAGUACAUGAGGGCACCAAAUUAUUCUUACGAUUAUUCUGUGAGUCUGACAUUCAAAGGAGUUGAGAUUGAGUUGGUGAGAAUCCAAACACUUCUUACAACCAUUGAUUUGUCAGGCAACAAAUUCACAGGGGAGAUCCCACAGUCUAUUGGAAAGCUUAAAGCACUUAAGUUGCUCAACUUUUCUCACAAUCAACUCACGGGCAAUAUUCAACCAUCAUUGAGGGAAUUGUCCAAUUUGGAAUCACUAGACCUCUCUUCAAAUUUUCUUGUUGGAAGGAUUCCUAUGCAGUUGACAGGUUUAACAUUUCUGCAAGUAUUUCGGGUUUCAGAUAAUCGACUUGAAGGACCCAUACCUGAAGGAAAGCAGUUCAACACAUUUGAUAAAAGUUCAUAUGAAGGAAAUUUGGGAUUGUGUGGAUUUCCACUAGAAAAAUGCAAUAAUGGGGAGAGGCAAAAACCAGAAAUAUCCAAGGAAGAUGAUUCCAAUUCUAAAUUUGGAUUUGGGUGGCAACCUGUAGUUACAGGGUAUGGAUGUGGAGGAAUAUUUGGUAUUGCAAUGGGAUAUAGUUUGUUUAAAACAAGAAAACCAAUAUGGUUUGUGAGGAUAGUUGAAGGACAAAGACGUCCAAACCCAAAAAGAUUCAAAAACUAGUAUUUCUUGGUAUUUACAGGUAGAUGAAGAAUAAGUGAGCAGAUGCAAAAUGAAGAUACAGAUCGGACAUGAAUGCAGUGGAAAAUAUAGCAUUAUAUUUCUUUUUCUUUUUUUUUUUUCUUUUAAAAAUAUU